AUGUAUCCCUGCUUAAAACUUAGGCACCUUGAAGAACGAUUACAGUGCAUUUCAGGGUUUCAAAAACCUAAAAUAUUAUUAGAACAGUACAUUACUCCACCUCAUUUGGGCUCUCACAUGUUAUUUACAGUUCAGUCACAAUAUGGUGAUAUCUCUGGUAAAUUAGUGGCUGACCUGGGUAGUGGUUGUGGAGCCCUAACAAUUGGUGCAGGAGUAUUAGAUGCUUCUUUUGUUGUUGGUUUUGAAGUUGAUAAAGACGCAAUAGGAAUUUGUCAAGAGAACAUCGAAGAGCAAGAGUUAACUAACAUUGAUCUUGUGCAGUGUGAUAUUUUAAAAGGUCUACCUUCAAGGUUUCAUAAAUGUUUUGAUACAGUUUUGAUGAAUCCUCCAUUUGGGACAAAACAUAAUGCUGGUAUUGAUAUGAAAUUUUUAGAAGUAGCAAUAAGUUUAUCUACCAAUACAGUUUAUUCUCUACACAAAACGUCUACAAGAAAAUUUGUCUUAAAACAAGCUGAAUCUUUAGGAGUAAAAGCUGAAGUUUUAGCAGAGUUAUCUUAUGAUUUAACUUCAUCUUAUAAAUUUCACAAGAAAAAGUCUGUAGAUAUUGAAGUCGAUUUUUACAGAUUUACAGUAUAA